AUGGAAGAACCAGGAACGAAAAUACCUGUGCUUUGUCUAGGUCCAAAAGGUUCAGGAAAAACGACUUUAUUAAAGAAACUGCAGGACGUUGAUAGUGUUGACAAUACCUUUAGUCCAGUGCCUACUAUUGGGACUAAUCUUUAUGAUAUUGGUUACUUAAAUAAACAAGGGAAAAAACAAAUGAUUUCAAUACGAGAGAUUGGAGGGGAGAUGGCGCCACUGUGGCAUAAUUAUUUGGACGGAAUUGAAAAAGUGAUCUAUGUGGUUGACACAUCGAAUUUGUGUCAAAUAUCAGGAGCUGCGGUCUUGCUCUUUACUUUGUUGGCUGAACCAAGAUUAAAGAAUGCCAAGUUCAUCCUAGUUCUUAGCAAGAUGGACGCAGCCUACAGACAGAUGCGCAAUGAGGCCCUGCUCAUGCUACAGUUUGCACGACUUAGCACAGAGCUCGGGAACGCGCCCGAAUUGCUAGAAGCAUCGCCACUCACUGGUGAAGGCAUCGACAAGUUAAGGACCUUUAUCUCAAUGUAA